AUGAGGGUGCGUUCUGUGUAGGAUGGAAGUCAUGUAACACGACAAGUGUUAUCAUAAUCAAGUGCCAGUUUCUUCAAUUACAUAUGCACGGUUAAGUCUUUCUGUUUUCUGAUAAUAAUACCAAGUAAAUGCAAUGUUUUGAUCUAACUAAGUAACAGCAAAGAUGAGCAAUCUGAAUCACUUAAACGAAUUGUUUCAUUUGGACGAUCAUUUGCCAAAACCGAUGCGUCUCAUGUUUAUGAUCUUUUCGACAUUAAAAAUAUUUUUCAAAUAAUCUUUAGUAGGUUAAUAAAUGUUAGUUACGUAUGCGUUAAAUAUAUAUUUAAUUUAAUACAAAUGUUUUACAAAGUCAUCCUUUGUAGUUGAGGGCUUUGCGAAUCAGUUCGACUGAAUCAUCUCAAAGCAUCGACGAGGACCCACAAACAGUUCCAGUAGUUCUACAAUGAGUGCAUCAUCUGCACGUUUUAUUAAGCCUGUUCUUCAUGGGUACUUCAGAAGUUCUUGCUCUUGGAGAGUCCGGAUAGCCUUUGCAUUGAAAGGCAUUGAGUAUGAGCAAGCACCAGUAAAUCUUAUCAAGGAUGGUGGGCAACAGCUCACAGAUCAAUUUAAAGCAUUAAAUCCAAUGCAGCAAGUGCCUGCAGUCACCAUUGAUGGCAUCACUUUAUCUCAGUCGUUGGCUAUUAUCCAGUACAUUGAGGAAACUCGGGCAGGGCCCCACCUCCUACCUGCAGACCCAAAGCAGCGUGCUCAGGUCCGAAUUAUCUGUGACAUCAUCACCUCUGGGAUUCAGCCCCUCCAAAAUCUGUAUGUGCUUCAAAAAAUUGGUGGAGAAAAGAUGCAGUGGGCCCAACAUUUUAUCAAUAGAGGAUUUGAAGCACUAGAGCCAAUCCUGAAGCAGACAGCUGGAACAUACUGUGUAGGAAAUGAGAUAUCCAUGGCAGAUAUUUGCCUUGUGCCCCAAGUCUACAAUGCUGAAAGGUUCAAGGUGGACAUGAGCCCUUUCCCUACUAUCAGGAGGUUAAACCAGACCUUAAUGGAAAUUGAAGCCUUUAAAGUGAGUCAUCCAUCAUGUCAGCCAGACACUCCUGAUGACAUGCGACGAUAACUUUGUAAAGACUAAAAUAAAAAAGUAAUUGAGACUCUUCAUUUACAAAGACAGUUCAGUUCAAAUGACUGCAUUUAUUGUUUUGGUGAAAAGAUUGUAAUAGCUUUUCGCAAGAUUUCAGAGACCUAUGAACAUGAGACCAAGAGAUAAGCUGUACACCCUCGGUGACUUUAAGGAACUUGUGCACGUUUGACAAAACAUACAAAGUGGACAAAAAUACAAACGUGAAAACGUGUAAAGUAUGUGCAAUAUCAGUGAAAAAACAUUUAUUGCACAAAAAUACAUCCAGUCUCUGAAUUGCAAAAUGUACUAAUAAAUAC